GGCGAGGUGAAAGGAGCGGCGACUUGUGAUGGCAGCGGCGGCUUUGGCGCCUGUGCUUGGCUGUGGGCGAGGGCUCGGCCAGAGGGGCGCGCGGGCAGCCUCUCUGUUGUGGUCUACAGCUCGAAGUCAAAGUUCACAAAAUACCCCAUCACAGCCACGAUCCACGUUCUUUCACAGGCACCUUCCCAAAACCUCCUUGACUGAACCUCCAUGGCCUAAAAUCAAUCUACCUGACCCAAUUGAAGAGGCAAAACAGCACAGAGAGAUUGUGCAAAAAGUGAAUGAAUUAAUUGCAACAGGGCAAUAUGGGAGGCUGUUUGCAGUUGUGCACUUUGCCAGCAGACAAUGGAAAGUAACCGAUGAAGAUUUAAUUUUAAUUGAAAAUCACAUACCAGCUGAGUGUGGAGACAGAAUUCGAAUGGAAAAGGUAUUGUUGGUUGGUGCAAAUAACUUCACUUUGCUGGGGAAGCCACUGCUGGGAAAAGAUCUAGUCCGCGUGGAGGCCACUGUUAUUGAAAAGACAGAAUCUUGGCCAAGGGUUAAUAUGCGGUUCCGUCCCAAGCGUCAUUUCCAGAGGAAGAGAAUUGUCAUUCAGCCACAAACUGUUCUGCGGAUAAACAGCAUUGAAAUUGCUCCUGCUUUGUCAUGAUGAUUUGUUGGACUCAGCUUCUCAUUCCUGCUUUAGGCUAAUAUGAGCAGUGAACAUGUUUCUUUUGCAUUUGAUUACUGUCUGUAAAAUAUGUCUUAUUAUUAAAUUACCUCAUAUUA